AUGAUACAAAUAAUUGAUAUUGCCUCAAACAAUUUCUCUGGCAAUGUGAAACCACAAUGGUUCAAGAGGUUUAAAUCUAUGAUGGAGAAGAUGAAUAACACUGGACAGAUCCUAGGUCAUUCUGCAUCCAAAUAUUACCAAGAUACUGUUGCAAUAACAGUUAAGGGGCGAGACAUCACAUUUGAAAGGAUAUUGACAACCUUAACUUCAGUCGACUUUUCAAAUAAUAAACUCAAUGGUACCAUUCUAGAUUUGGUCGGAAACCUUGUUUCACUACAUAUAUUGAAUAUGUCACACAACGCCUUCACAGGAAAUAUUCCAACCCAAUUAGGCAAGAUGAGCCAGCUGGAAUCACUAGACCUGUCAUGGAACCACCUUUCUGGGGAGAUACCGCAAGAACUAGCAAACCUCACAUUUCUUGAAACCCUGGAUUUGUCUAACAACAAUUUGGAAGGUAGGAUUCCACAAUCACGCCAAUUUGGAAUGUUUGAGAACAGUUCAUUUGAAGGUAACAUAGGCCUUUGUGGAGCACCCUUGAGCAGACAAUGUGCCAGUUCACCUCAGUCAAAUGAGUUGAAACCCAAAAUGCCACAAGAUCAUGUCGAUAUAACUCUAUUUAUGUUUGUUGGAUUGGGAUUCGGACUUGGAUUUGCAGUUGCUAUUCUUGUCAUACAGGUUCCACUUGGCAAAUUCUAUAGAACUAUAAGCAUUUUGCAAAGCUGA